AUGAGAGCAAAUUCUUCAAAUCCAACUAAUCAAAACAUCGAGAAAUCGGUAGAUGUCAAUGAAGUACUACUGCAACCAUCUCCAUACAGUCGAUAUGAAUCGAUCACGGGACACAUAUGGGUGUGUGCAAGCAAAGCUCGUAACAUCAACAAUGACAAGAGCAACCUAUCAACAAUGGUUCAAAUAGUUGUUAACGUAAGACAACGACUUAGGAAACCCAUCCCUAAAAACUUUUGUGGAAAUGCAGCCUUGAUUAGCGUAACUCUGCAGUCCAAUUUUGGGGAGUUAAUGUCUCAACCAUUAAGCUAUUCUGCCAAAAAGAUAAGAGAAGCAUCAUGGAAGAUGACUGAUGAAUACGUGACAUCAGCGAUAGACUUUCUAACAACACAUGAGGACAUAUGUUGGACGAGAACAUCGUCGUCAUCUUCUUCCUCCAUUGUUCAAGUUAGAAACACAUACUUGGGCAACCCAAAUUUAUCUGUAGUGUCGUGGUUGUCAAUGCCAAUAUAUGACGCUGAUUUCGGGUGGGGACACCCAGAUUAUGUUGGACCAUUAAUGUUAGAUUGUGAUGGAGAGACAUUCAUCAUGCCAGGGCCAAACAAUGAUGGUUCGAUUAUUGUAGCAAUACAGUUGCAUAUGAAGCAUAUGGAGGAUUUCAAGAAGUUUUUCUAUGAAGAUCUUUGA